UAGACAAAAGUGGAACAUCGCACACAUUUGUGAACGAAAUCGACGCCGAUCGCCGAACGUAACGUAUCCAAACAAAUCUGACGCUAUAUUUACGGUAAAAGUAUACACUGCUAUCAAUAUCCGAAGGAGAUCCGUAUCGCCGCCACCAUGCUAGCGAGCGCCAGCGGCGGCUGAGGCGUUUGACACCAAUCCUCCUCAUCACCAUGAUCCCUCUGGGGGUGGUGCGCGUGGUGACGCUCACACUGGGCGGCCUGGUGCCCGCCUUCGCCACAUUCAGAGCCCUGGAGCGCGAGGACACCCCUGCGCAGCGCGUGCUGCUGGCCUACUGGUGUGUGUUCGCGGUGGCGACGGCGGUGGAGGUGCCGGCGGACGCAGCGCUCUCCUGGCUGCCGCUGUACGGCGAGACCAAGCUGGCGCUGCUGCUGUGGCUGCUGACGCCGCAGUUCGCCGGCGCCGUGCUGCUCUACCGCGGCCCGCUGACCGGCUGGCUGCGCCGACACCAGGACGCCAUCGAGCACGGCCUACAGCACGCGCACCUGCAGUACGGCGUGUGGGCGCUGGCCGCCCUGCUCCGCGGCACCUUCGGCCUGCUCAUCACCCUAGCCAGGGCCGCCUGGCUCAUGGCCCCGGCCCACACCCAGACAGCGGCCGCUCAGCCGCCGCCGCCACCGCAGUACGGCACGGCGGUCUGCCCCGCGUGGCCCGAGGCGGGGACGGCGGCGGGGUCCGUCCCGGCCCGACCUAGCUCCGGGAGACCGGCGCCCCUCGACACAGCUCAGGUAACCCUACUCAGCGCUGGUUUAGAGGAAUCGUGCACCAUGCUGCUGCGCACAGCACUGGCCGCACAGGCUGGAAACCAACUCCUGGCCAGCCUGCAGAGCCAGGCUGCCGUGCUGGGCCAACCACCGCCGGGCACGAGAAAACGCCACAGCCGGCGGCGCACCAUCUCGGCCGCUGCCGCUGCCGUCACCACGGCCGGUCCCAGCGAGCGGGGCAGGUCGGAGAGCCCGCCCGAGUCCAGCGAGGCCAGCGUGUUCGGCACCCCGCCGACGGCCGGUCCGCCCGACAGGCAGUGAAAUCAGCGGACAGCCGGCCAGCGGACAGGACCCCAGCGGAUAGACACAGACGGCGAUCGGAGCGAUAGGCGGCGGACGGCGGCAGAUGGAGAUCGCAGAGAUAGCGGAACGACGGACGACGAGCGAAACGACGACCGGGUGACGGCUGGACUGGGACGAGUUUUGGGAGCGGAGAGCAUGGUAUCGUAUAGUGGGAGAUAUGGGAGCUUAUGAUGGUUUUCGAUUCGGAAUAGAGAGGUGGUUCUA